AUGAAUGCUAAGACUAUAGAGCAGACUCCUUUGCAACAGCAAUUAGGACUGAACGGGGACAGCACUAGCAUCGAUUCGACUUCACCUGUCCUAGACGCCGCAGCAGUGAUUGAAGCUCGCAGAAAGCGGCGAGAGGCUAUCAAGAAUCAGUAUCGCACCCAAGCUCCGCCACUUCUUGUUCAAGCCCUGGGUGCUACGUCUGAGGUUCCUAGCAACUCUUUGAGCACAACUCCAAAUAGAUCAGUCUCACCCUCUCCUGCUCCGCUUUCAGUUCCUGGAACUCCCACGGCUAUGGAGAGUUCUGCCACACAUUCACCUCUCUCUAAUCUCACAAAGGACGAAGCUGCAGGCUCGGACGAUAUGUUUGGCUCUCCUCGAGACGAGGAUGAGCCUUCUGCUGCUGACUAUGAUCCGACUGCUGACAUGCAGGACGAACGAGCAAGGCACGACAAGCGAAUGUUCAAAGAGGAUGAAAGAUCCGAGGAGAAAGCUGGCCAACAAGUCCUCGAACAGACCAACGCUCUCAUCGAAACUAAGAAACACGACGAAUUUGAUAUGUUUGCUGAGGAGGACGAUGACAUGUUUGCCGAACAACCUACGCAGAAGUCAAAGGUGGCCACAGCAGCCAGGACACUCGACCAAGGCAUGAUGGAUAAUUGGGAUGAUGCGGAUGGGUACUACCUGACCACCCUGCGGGAGAAGAUCGAUGACCGAUACGAGGUGACGGCAAACCUCGGUCGCGGUAUGUUCGCAUCUGUCAUUCGUGCUAUAGACACGAAGGCCGAUAAGCCCGUGGCUAUCAAAAUCAUUCGCAACAACGAAAGCAUGAAAAAGGCUGGUCAUAAAGAGGUGGAUAUCCUUAAAGACCUUGCUGCGAACGAUCCAGAUGAUCGCAAGCAUGUUGUUCGGCUCCUUCGAUCGUUCGAACACAAAGGUCAUCUUUGCAUGGUUUUCGAGAACAUGGACAUGAAUCUGAGAGAAGUUCUUAAGAAGUUCGGUCGCGAGAUUGGUCUGAACCUCAAGGCUAUCCGAGCUUAUUCACAACAACUAUUUUUGGGUCUAAGUUUGCUCCGGAAGUGUCAGUACUUGCACGCUGAUCUCAAGCCAGACAACAUUCUCGCAGACGAAAGUAGGAUGAAGAUCAAGAUUGCGGAUCUGGGCUCCGCUUCUCCAAUCACAGAAAAUGCUACUGCACCAUAUCUUGUGUCUCGGUUCUACCGUGCACCGGAGGUCAUCCUUGGCAUUGACUAUGACUAUGGGAUCGACAUGUGGUCGGUUGGCUGCACUCUAUUCGAACUUUAUACUGGCAAGAUUCUGUUCACAGGACGAAACAACAACAACAUGCUCAAAACGAUCAUGGAAUGUCGCGGUAAAUUUCCGCAUAAGCUGCUCCGAAAGGGUAGUUUGACAUACGAAUAUUUCGAUGAUCUUUUGAACUUCAAAUCGCAAGAACAAGACAAAGCUACAGGUCGGAUUGUUACGAGGAAUAUCGAUAUCAAGGCCAAGCCAGUAAGAGAUCUGAGAUCGAGGCUGAUUCCAAAAGAUCGAAGGUUGAAUGAGCAGGAUAAGAAGGAAUUGGAAUCAUUUGUCGAUUUGCUCGAUAAGUGCUUGGACUUGAGACCUGACAAGAGGAUCACGCCUACUGAGGCUUUGAAGCAUCCAUUUAUCACGAAGGCGAAAUAG